UCUCUGCCUUCCUCUCCUCCCCAUCGGCUCACGAAUGUACAGCUGAGAGGACUCGUUUUCAGAUAGGACCGGAAACCUCUCCAUAGGUCUGCUUGCGGCGCUGCUAGUAGUUGUAGCAGCAGCAGCCGAAGCUGUAGUAUUUGUAGCGGCAGUAGCAGUAGCAGCAUAAGAAAGGAUGCCGCGAGUGCUUCCCCCGGCCACCGAGACGCGGCUCAUAUCGUGUCGCGCGUGUCGGGAAAGCAAGGUCAAGUGUUCCUUUGCGCCCGGUGACGGACCUCAGCAGCCCUGUCGACGAUGCGCUCGCAAAGGAUUCGAAUGCGAGAGGAGGAUCAGCAAGCGCCAUUUCGUGCCAAAGGACCUCCGGGGCGUGCGCACACCUCCCACAAUAUCUUCCACGCCCUCAUCUCCUCGACAAUCGCCCCAGCGCAAGUCACCGCCACCAUCGUCACGGUCACGAACGAGCUUCAAGGCCUCGGCCCCUUCCGCGUCACCCCAUUCGAAUGCCGCAACCACGAUCGCGUCGGCAACGACGCCGGCCACACCAGUCACGGACCCUGGUCUUCCGUCACUGUCAAACCCAUUCAAGCUGCUGUUUCAAGCGUCGAACGAAGUCGAGCAGCAAACAAUGUUCUCGGUUGCCAACUCACCAGCAUCGCGUGCCCAGCAGGCCUCUUCGACGUCGAUGGCGCAAGCGGUCGAGGCGAGCGACUUGGCGCGAUGGCGAACCUUGUUCUCUGCUGGGCUCUACCAGCCUCGGUACGAGCCCGUGGCUGACUAUAGCCCGGUCACCGUUGGCAUCGUGACGCAGAGCCAAGCCAGCACUCUCUUUUGCGCCUUUCGUGACAAGAUCGAUACCCUUCUCGACCCGGACCUGCACACCUUUGACUAUGUCUCUCGACACCCCUUUCUUUCGACGACAAUCUACCUCAUCGCAGCGAGGAUGGAGGCGGCCGAGGAGCUCAUUACACAGAGCGAUGCGCUCAGUGAGGACCUCGAGAACCACCUCUUUCAUGGCAUAAUGCCGGCCAUCAUCCGCAAAGGCUUUCGGUCUACGGAGAUCGUUUUGGGCCUUUGCCUGAACUCGUGCUUCUUUACCUCCGACCAGUACAUCUACGACGACCGCUCUUGGCAGCUCAUUGGCCAGGCAAUUCGCAUCGCCACGGAGCUCGAUCUCAACUCGCGCAUCAUCAGCAAAGCCAUUGGCUCAGUCGAUGAGCGGGUCCAGCGCCACUACCGGGCACAGGAAAGAACAUGGGUCAAUGUUUGGCUUGCAGAGAGAUCGCUGGCGCUGGGGGCAGGUCGACGGCCCUGUCUGACGACAGAGGGCGUGAUUGAAGACCUCGUGGAUUGGCACAAGAGCCCGCUCAAGAUCAAGGGCGACACCGCCAUGGUGGCCCACGUCAACUUGAGGAGGCUCUACUGGAGUUGUCGAAGCAUGUUCAACCGGUUGUCGGCCAAGCAGCCACCGCCUAAUCAAGGCCUCUGCAGAGAGGACCUCGACUUCUUCCUGGCCAAGGUCGAGGAUGAGCUCAAGGCUUGGUACGACAGCUGGAACGAUGCCAAGACAGACAUGGACCGCACCCACCGUCUCAAGCUCUACUGUUCCCACGUCAAGGUCUUGCUCUUCUCUAUGCCUCUCCAGAGCAGCUCUGGCGACAUUCGCACCGUCUCACCAGCCAUCUGCGGCCUAUACGAAGCCACGCUCAGCUAUCUCACACAACUGAAUACGGCCGACGUCAACAAACUCCGCUUUAGCCACAAUUCCAUCUUCAUGAUUGGGACCUAUGUCGCAGUCAUGGCCAUCAAGCUUACCUCGCUGCAUAAUCAAUUCGCAUGGAUCGACGUCGAGCGAUUGAUCAAGCAGGCUGAGGGUGUCGCCAUCCUCUUUAUGAAGGCCGGCUACCGCAAGUCCAAAAGUCGAAGGAAAGCAGUAGCGUGCCACUUCGGUGCCUAUCUCGAAUGGCUGCUCCGACGAUAUGGCAUGCGGGAGCACCUUCACGCCCUCGCUCGGUAUCGCGAGCUGCAUGAUCAGGAGAUGUAUGCUCAGCAUGAACCUUCGACCUUGACGGAAGACUCCCAGCAACGGCAGCAGCAGAUGUCCCCGCAAGCCGAGGCAGGAAAGCACAAUCCUUACUUCGACGUGGGAGAGGGCGAUGCUCGGCGAGGCGCUAUUCCAUCAGCGGAACAAGCUGCUGCCGCCACUGUAGCCUCCAACCAAGAUGCGCCCUUCCUCCUCUCGCCUUCGUCUGUCUUUUUUGGAUUGAGUCCGAACUACCAAAGCAGCGCAUCGUCAGCUUCGGCUUCGGCGCCUAAUACCACAAACAACGGGACGCGUUCAGCCACAUCUUCUGCUGCCUCUUCAUUCCUGUCGGACAGCUCUUUCAGUGCCGGCUCUCCCUGCGCUCCAGUCACGGCAGCCGGCUUCACCAAUGGGCAGAAUUACAGCGAAGUGUGGGGCGACCAGGUGGCCUUUUCGGCUGAUUUUGACGUCUUGUCCUGGGCCCAACGCUUUCUCUCUGAAGGCUCGUCGUGA